AUGUUGAUGAGUCCCAACCUCUUGACUUCAUGCUCUCAGUUCUAUAUCAGAACACAAAUCCUUGCCAACAUUAGUCCAGCUCCCAAAGCAAUGUAUUGGCUAACGCCAGCACGUCGUGCUGUGGGAUCUGCGGCAAUGUUCUUGGCCAUUGUCAUAGGCCCCUUCACGCUCUCUGCUGCCAUGAAGAAUCUUCAGCGCAAGCUGAAUGAAUCGCGAUAUCGUGAUGCGAGCCUGUCCACACAUGUUGAAGGAUUGGAGCGUAUGAUCGCCAACCUGAACGACGGACAGGGCUUCGGGAUUCCAGUCUUUGAUGGUCUGGUAGUGACACGAAGCCUGUUGAUGACGAUGCUUAUCCGAGCCGUGUUAGCAGGCACGGUCAUCAAGGCAUAUGUGGACACUGGCGAGGGCUUCAACAAGGAAGAUGCUGAAAAAGAAAUUUUGGGAAGCCAGCUUACUCACAUGGCCAACAUGAUUGUAAACAUUACAAAUAUGAGUAUGGCCUUGCAGCAGAAGUCUCCGGGCUUGAUGUAA